CGGCCCGGGGCGGGGCUCCCCUGAGCUCUCCCCCCGCCCGGCCAGUGCUCCCGCCGAGUCCUAGCAGCAAAGGCCUGGCUGAGCCGCCGCAGGUUGUGGGGAGCCGCGUGAGCCGCGGCGACCGAGCUGGGUAGAAAAGGUACCUCUGUCGGAGCACUGAGCUUCGGCUGCGCGGCGACUCCGAGGGCUGAGCCGCUCCGGGAGCGCAAGGUUCCGCAGGGGCCAGGACGUCCCCUGAACCACUGCGCGGGUCUUCGGGAGCCCGAGCUGCAGUCGCCUGACCAUGGAGUCCCCGGUCCAGAUCUUCCGCGGGGAGCCGAGCCCCACCUGCUCCCCGAGCACCUGCCUGCUCCCAAACGGCAGCUGGCUGCCGGACUGGGCCGAGGCCGACCGCAACAGCAGCGGGGGCUCCGAGGGCGCGCCGCUGGAGUCCGCGCACAUCUCUCCCGCCAUCCCAGUCAUCAUCACGGCGGUCUACUCGGUGGUGUUCGUCGUGGGCUUGGUGGGCAACUCUCUGGUCAUGUUCGUGAUCAUCCGAUACACAAAGAUGAAGACCGCAACCAACAUUUAUAUAUUUAACCUGGCGUUGGCAGAUGCUUUGGUUACUACAACCAUGCCCUUCCAGAGCACAGUCUAUCUGAUGAAUUCGUGGCCAUUUGGGGAUGUGCUGUGCAAGAUAGUCAUUUCCAUUGACUAUUAUAACAUGUUUACCAGCAUAUUCACCUUGACCAUGAUGAGUGUGGACCGAUACAUUGCUGUGUGCCACCCCGUCAAAGCUUUAGACUUCCGCACCCCCAUGAAGGCAAAGAUCAUUAACAUCUGUAUUUGGCUCUUAUCAUCAUCUGUUGGCAUAUCUGCGAUAGUCCUUGGAGGGACCAAAGUCAGGGAAGAUGUGGAUGUCAUUGAGUGCUCCUUGCAGUUCCCAGAUGAUGAUUACUCCUGGUGGGACCUCUUCAUGAAGAUCUGUGUCUUCGUCUUUGCCUUUGUGAUCCCUGUCAUCAUCAUCAUCAUCUGCUACACCCUGAUGAUCCUGCGCUUGAAGAGCGUCCGACUCCUUUCUGGCUCCAGAGAGAAAGAUCGCAACCUCCGUCGGAUCACCAGGCUGGUUCUGGUGGUGGUGGCGGUCUUUAUCAUCUGUUGGACCCCCAUUCACAUUUUCAUCCUUGUGGAGGCUCUGGGGAAUGCUUCUCACAGCACGGCUGCCCUUUCCAGCUAUUAUUUCUGCAUUGCCUUAGGUUAUACUAACAGCAGCCUGAACCCCAUUCUCUAUGCCUUUCUUGAUGAAAACUUCAAGCGGUGUUUCAGAGACUUCUGCUUUCCAAUUAAGAUGAGGAUGGAGCGACAAAGCACUAGUAGAGUCAGAAAUACAGUUCAGGAUCCUACUUAUAUGAGGGAUGUUGAUGGAAUAAAUAAACCAGUAUGACUAGUCGUGGAGAUGUCUUCUUACAGUUCUUCAGGAAGAGAAGAGUUUAAUGAUCUCGGGUUAACUCAGAUUAGUACUGAAGUCUGAGAUGGAAAGGUAGAAUUUUUAAUAAACUUUUAGAAAUCUCAUGGUCUGAAGUUGUAAGAUGCAGGCUGGGUUAGCCACUCAGGUCUGUGGAAGUAUCAAAGCUGUAGGGAUUUGAGGAAGCAAAUUCAGCCCCUUUAUAAGGCAAGGAAGCAAGACUGACUCUCAGUUCCCUUGAUGAACAAAGAAAUAAGUCUUUUUCUUCUGGUUACCUAGAUUUAGUCCAGGACCCAUCUGCCUUGGCCUUUCUGUGCAGUGUGGUUCCAAAAGCUCUGUUUAGAA